GGAGGGUAUUUCUGUAAUAAACCAUAGAACACAGAAGUAAAUAAACCAGCUGCAGCUUCAAGGGUUCGCAUCUUCAAGCUUCCGCGAUAGCUGCAAUGGCGGUUACGCAAGAGUCCGACGGCAAGUCGAAAGAAACGUGUUGAAACUCCAUGCUCUAUGGCUAGUUGUCUUGAUCAUGUAGUGGAUUUCCUUUAUGGUGGAUUAGUCUGUAAGAAGCCAUGUAAUCUUUCCUUAAAACUGGUGGAAGAACCAAUUCAACAUUGUGGCGGAGAAGGUGCAGAUCCAGGUUCAUGUCCACUCAGUCAACGUAGAAAACAUGAUGGUCCUUCAGCUAGACACAAGGGUAUAGGGAAGGAUAUUUCUGGAGUUGUAAGAAGUCACAACCAAGGCAGAAAAUCAAAUAGACUAUCUGUUGUUGAUGAUAUUGAGGUUGUUGGAUACCUUAAUACCAAAGAGGAGAUCCAUCGCAAAAGGAUUUUAUGGGAAGCAAUGAAUGAAAAUCAUACAAAGGCCAAGAAACAGAAACGAGCCGCAGAAACAAAGAAAGGUGUCGCUGUCAAGAAAGUUACUAAAACCACUGAGAAAGUGGAGCCUAAGAGCCAUGGCUCGAGGAUCAACGACGAUGCUUUAAAAUUUCUACGUGGUGAUUUACAGGAAAGUUGUGAAUCAGGCGAGGCGACCAUGGCAGAUUCUUGUGCUCAGAAUUCACCAAAGCGUGGAUCUAAGGAGAGUUGGUACGAGGAGGAUCAGAGCGACAAUGACACUUUUGGAGGUGAUGAAGAAGAUGAGAUGCAUUACCAAUACCGAGAUGAUCAUUUCUACGAUGAUUUUGAUUCUUGAAAAUCAGAUGAUCAUGAGCAUCUUUAAAUUUUGUUAUCUGAAUAUAUUAGAAAGGAGAUAUGUUUGAGACAUUCCAACAUUGCGCUUUAUUUUUUUACAAAUUAUUAAAUAAAAAAUAAUACUACUAGCAA